AUGUCCGCCGUGAAACCUACUGUGAAGUUCCAAGGAACCGGGUUGACCACGGACGUCCCAAUCUUCCACAAGAAAGAAAAGGUUGUGUUCGUGAUGGGCACCACAGGCAGCGGCAAGUCCCGUCUCGCCAUUGACCUCGCCACCCGCUUCCCGGCCGAGAUAAUCAACUCCGACAAGAUCCAACUCUACAAAGGCCUCGACAUUGUCACCAACAAGGUCACUGAAGAAGAACGUCGCGGCGUCUUUCACCAUCUGCUCGGCGUACUCGACCCAAGUGCCACCUUUUCCAUUGCCGACUUCCAAGAUUUUGUCCCGCCUACUGUUGACUCUACCACCAAAAGUGAUCGCCUCCCGAUCAUCGCCGGCGACUCCAACUCCUACAUCAAAGCAUUGGUGAAUGAAUGUCCGGAUUUCCGUUUAAGAUGUGAGUGUUGCUUCUUGUGGGUUGACGUGUCGAUGCCGGUGGUUCAUUCAUUUCUGUCAAAACGAGUUGACAAGAUGGUUGACGAAGUUCGAACAGUAUUUGAUCCGACUACGAGAGAUUACUCUUACGGAGUCCGGCGAGCAAUUGGCGUUCCAGAAUUGGAUCAGUACUUCAGAGAAGAAUCCCAAUUGAGCAAGAUGGGUCGGAUGAGAUUGCUCGAGAAAUCCAUUUCCGCCAUUAAAGACAACACUUGCAUUUUGGCCAACCAACAGUCGCAGAAAAUUAAAGGGCUUUACAAGCCAGGGAAUCUAGAGUUUCAUCGGAUUGAUGCGACACAGGUGUUUCUCAAGGAAGGAGACGAAGCCAGUGAAGCUUGGGAGAACCUCGUGAUGAAACCUGCCGCCACUAUCAUUGACCAAUUUCUCUGA